AUGUCGUCAAACGGUACAAGCUUUUUGGAAAAAGUGUUGAGUAUUGUUAAAGAUGAAAGGUCUGAGGAGGUUCCGUUGAUACGAUUUGUACACCCGAAGGAGCUUGAGGCUAAACUGGACCUAGAUGUGACAGAGGGUGUAAACGACAAGCAACUAGAAGAGAGAGUUAAUGAAAUCUUGCAUUACAGUGUAAAGACUCACAAAACGACUUUUAGAAACCAACUGUUUUGUGCCCCGGAUCCAUAUGGGCUGGCUGGUGCGUGGAUCACCGAGGCUUUUAACACUAGUCAAUACACCUUCGAAGUAGCACCAGCCUUUACUCUAAUAGAGCUGAAGAUCUUAGACCAUGUACUUAAACUGUUCGGCAUACCUAAUGGAGACGGAAUCUUCGCCCCAGGAGGCAGUAUAGCCAUUAUGUAUGGGAUCGUGGCCGCCCGGUUUAAAAAAUUUCCAGAGAUCAAAUCAAAAGGAAUGAAAAGCUUGCCAGAGAUGGUCAUAUUUACUUCUGAAGAUAGUCAUUACUCCAUAACAAAAGCAGCACAUUGGCUUGGAUUUGGUACCGACCAAGUUCGAAGAAUACCCGUCAACAGCAAAGGACAGAUGAUUAUUCAGAAACUAGAUGAAUCUAUUCGAAAUGAUUUGGAUAUGGGCAGAUGUCCUAUAUUCGUUAACGGGAUGGCAGGCACGACAGUUCUGGGGUCCAUAGAUGACAUAGAGGCUGUUGCUGACGUGUGUCAGAAGUAUGGAAUUUGGAUGCACGUUGAUGCAUGUUGGGGCGGUAGUCUAAUGAUGUCACCUAAAUAUAGGACUAAAUUAAAAGGCAUAGAAAGAGCAAAUUCCAUAUCAUGGAAUCCACAUAAGAUGAUGGGUGCUCCGUUCCAGUGUUCCAUGAUAUUGAUUGAUGAGAAGGGGCUCUUGCACAAAGCUAACUCCGCUGCAGCGAAUUAUUUGUUCCAACAGGAUAAGUUCUAUGAUGUGUCGUAUGAUACCGGAGACAAAAGUGUGCAAUGUGGGAGAAAGAUUGAUGCAUUCAAGUUAUGGGUGAUGUGGAAGGCCCGUGGCGAUCUCGGUUUAGGCCAACUAGCAGAUCGAACGAUGGCCACAGCUGAAUUCUGUCUAAAGACUGUAGCCAACCGACCUGGCUUCAAACUUGUGUCUGAUGAGCUCCAGUGUCCAAAUAUCUGCUUUUGGUAUAUCCCGAAAUUCAUGAGAGAUAAGGAACAGGAUAAACAGUGGUGGGAGUGUAUGCAUAAGGUAACCCCGAAAAUAAAGGAGCUCCUGGUUCUUUCAUCUCGUUUGAUGGUGUCAUAUACACCGCUGCGUCUGCACAAAAACUUCUUCCGUAUAGCUUUCCAGUUCCAUCCAGCCGUGGACGAGCCACAUAUCAUAGAUAUGCUAAGAGCUAUAGAGGAGAGUGGGGAAACUAUAACCAUGUGUAUGUUGGAGAAUACACCAUAA